AUGACAACACGACCUAAUACAGUUUCAAUGAAUCCAUCAUAUAUACAACAUCCACGACAUAAAUUAAAAAAAUCAACACGACAUCCAGAUUGUGUAACACCUAUUCGAAUUGAUAUACGUCGAUCUGAAACGACAUUAUCACCUAAUGAUGAACUUGAAUGUCGUCAAAUCUAUGAAAAAUUACAACGAUUACAACCAAAUGGUGUUUGUGUUGAUCUUAAUACAUUACGUCGUGCACUUUUUCCACCGAUUUCACUUCCAAAAAAUACAAGCGAUCAACUAUUAACAUUCAAAACUUAUCGUCAACGUACCAAUGAAAUGCCACAUAUACGAACAUAUGAUCUUCCGAAACAAACAAAAGUAAAUAAAAUAGAUUAUAUGAAUAUUGAUCGAAUUAUUAAUCAAGUUAAAAAACAUGCAGCAAUUAAUUAUAGUUAUUAUACACGAACUAAAUAA